AACAUUGCUAGUAGCAAGAAGAAGAUACAAGUCAGGAAAAAAGGGAUUUUGGCUGUGAGGUUUGAUGUGAUAUGCUCUUUUCCUAUGACCCUAACUGUUUGAGAAUUCUAUCUUGUAGAAGGAAGUGGUAGGAUGAAUGCUAAUUAAGCACACAAAGAUCCUGUGGUAUCAUUCAUCUAGGAUGAAUGUGGUUUGGAUUAUUGUCUCUUGUAUAGUAUGCUUUGGAGUGUAUUCAGACGGGUUGAGUGGGAAUGGCACUUCAAGGCCUGCUGUUGUGAAUGUUGGAGCUAUUUUUACAUUUGACUCUACAAUUGGAAGAGCUGCCAAGAUUGCAAUUCAGGAGGCUGUGAAAGAUGUUAAUUCCAACUCUAGCGUCCUCCAAGGAACCAAACUUGUUGUGCAGUUGCAAAAUUCCAAUUGCAGUGGAUUUCUUGGCAUGGUCGGAGCCUUGACAUUUAUGGAGACUGAUGUUGUUGCAGUAAUAGGCCCACAAUCUUCUGUAGUUGCCCAUACCAUAUCCCAUGUUGCCAAUGAACUCCAAGUUCCUUUCUUAUCAUUUGCUGCUACUGAUCCCACACUCUCCUCUCUUCAGUUUCCUUAUUUUCUUAGGACAACUCAAAGUGAUCAAUACCAGAUGGCUGCAAUAGCUGAGAUCAUUGAAUUUUAUGCUUGGAAGGAGGUGAUAGCGAUUUUUAUUGAUGACGACUAUGGGAGAAAUGGUGUCUCUGCAUUAGAUGAUGCACUUGCAACAAGGCGCUGUCGCAUCUCAUAUAAAGCAGGGAUUUCCCCUGGAGCUACUGUUACGCGAGGUGAUGUUAUGGAUGUUAUGGUAAAGGUUGCCCUGAUGGAAUCUAGAGUCAUUGUUCUACAUGCAUAUCGUACUUUAGGAUUGAUGGUACUUUCGGUGGCACAUUAUCUUGGAAUGAUGGGUGAUGGUUAUGUAUGGAUAUCCACAGAUUGGCUCACCACUGUGUUAGAUUCCUCUCCUCCCCUGCCACAAGAUACUAUGGAUACCAUGCAAGGAGUUCUAGUUUUGCGACAACACACUCCAGACUCUGAAAAUAAAAGAGCAUUUUUAUCCAGAUGGAACAAGUUGACAGGUGGUUUGUUAGGGCUAAAUUCCUAUGCUCUUCAUGCAUAUGACACGGUUUGGCUAGUUGCACAUGCCAUAGAUUCAUUCUUUAAUCAAGGAGGGACCAUUUCGUUUUCUAAUGAUACUAAGUUGCAAUCAGUUGAAGGAAGUAAUCUUCACCUUGAAGCAAUGAGUAUUUUUGAUGGUGGGCCACUUCUGCUGAAGAACUUAUUGGAGAGUGAUUUUGUUGGUUUGACGGGGCCUUUCAAGUUUAUUCCAGACAAAUCUCUUAUUCGUCCAGCAUAUGAUAUCAUAAAUGUAAUUGGAACAGGUUUUCGACGUGUUGGUUACUGGUCUAACUAUUCUGGUUUGUCUAUUUUGCCUCCCGAGACCUUUUACUCGAGGCCACCUAAUCGUUCAAGUACAAACCAAAAACUUUAUAGUGUUGUGUGGCCUGGAAACAAUGUUCAAAAACCUCGUGGAUGGGUUUUUCCAAACAAUGGUAAGCAACUGAAAAUAGGGGUUCCCAUCCGAGUUAGUUACCGGGAAUUUGUGUCUCAAAGUCCAGGCACUAACAAUUUUAAAGGUUUUUGCAUUGAUGUAUUCACUGCUGCUGUAAACUUAUUGCCAUAUGCUGUUCCACAUAAAUUUGUCCCCUAUGGAAACGGGCAUGAAAAUCCCAGCUACACCGAUAUGGUGAGGCUAAUCACAACCGGGAAAUUUGAUGGUGUUGUUGGUGAUGUUGCAAUAGUUACGAAUCGGACUAGAGUUGUCGAUUUCACUCAGCCAUAUGCCGCAUCUGGACUUGUUGUUGUGGCCCCAUUCCAAAAGUUAAAUUCCGGUGGCUGGGCCUUCCUAAGACCCUUUUCUGCUCAAAUGUGGGGAGUUAUCACUAUUUUCUUUCUCUUUGUUGGGAUGGUAGUGUGGAUUUUGGAGCACCGAACCAAUGAUGAAUUUCGUGGGCCUCCCAAACAGCAGUUGAUAACCAUUCUAUGGUUCAGCCUUUCAACUCUCUUUUUUGCCCACAGAGAGAAUACUGUAAGUACGCUUGGUCGCAUGGUGCUGAUCAUAUGGCUCUUUGUCGUUUUGAUAAUAAAUUCAAGUUACACAGCAAGUUUGACCUCCAUCCUCACUGUGCAACAAUUAUAUUCUCCUAUUAAAGGUAUCGAAAGCUUGAAAGAAACUGAUGAACCAAUCGGGUACCAAGUUGGUUCUUUUGCAGAAAGGUAUUUGGAGGAAAUUGGUAUACCAAAAUCCAGACUUGUUCCCCUUGGAUCACCGGAAGAAUAUGCUACAGCACUUCAACGUGGUCCUGCAAAAGGGGGUGUAGCUGCAGUGGUGGAUGAAAGACCAUAUGUUGAACUUUUCCUGUCAAACCAGUGCAAAUUCAGGAUUGUAGGUCAAGAGUUCACCAAAAGUGGGUGGGGUUUUGCAUUUCCUCGGGACUCUCCCUUGGCUGUCGACUUGUCAACUGCAAUUUUAACGCUAUCAGAGAAUGGAGAUCUCCAGAGGAUACAUGACAAGUGGUUAGCAAGAAGUGCGUGCAGUUUAGACAAUGCUGAGCUUGAAUCAGAUCGCCUUCACUUGAGAAGCUUUUCAGGCCUCUUUCUUAUAUGUGGGAUUGCAUGCUUUAUUGCUCUCCUAAUAUAUUUCAUCCAGAUUCUGCGUAAAUUUUGCCGGACUUCCAAUGCUGCAGUUGAUUCGGAUGGUCAGAAUACUACUUCACGUUCCAAACGUCUUCAAACUUUGUUGUCAAUUAUUGAUGAGAAAUCAGAUAAAUCAAAUAGAGGCAGCAAGCGAAGGAAAAUCGACAGAUCAGUUUCUGCUGACAACAUAGAAAAUGACUUGGGAAGGGAUUCCAGGUGGAGAGAAUCACAGGUUCCUUCUCAAAAUGAAAUUCAUUAGUUCAAUUAUGCCAGCUUACAUUUCUUACAGGGUUCUUACCAAGUUUCAAUUUUGACAACAUAGAAUUGUUUGACACAUCAUAUAUAAGAUUCAGCUGUCAACUGUAUAUUAGAACAAUC